AUGGAUAACCGUACCUUUGUGUCGGAUUCCCUUCUCCGCCUAACCAACGCGUCGGACCCUACCGUUGUUGAUUUCGUCCUCGCCACCGCCGGCUCCGCGAAAUCGGCGACCUCGCUACAAGACAAACUCGUCCCCUUCCUAGAAGGCAGCUCGAAUGACGUCGGUGCCUUCUGUAGCGAACUCUACGGACGGGUCAACAAGAGCAGCGCCGGCGGCGGCAGUAGCAGCAGCAAGAAUGGCGCCAGCGGCGGGCCCUCGAGCAGUGCGCGGGGAGGGGAGAAGAAGAAAUACCGACUCCUAGAAAUGGAAGACGAGGUGCCGGAUUCCGCGGGCUCUCUGGGGCCGACGAACAUCGAAGCAGAGCGCGAGCGACGGAGGCGCAGGGAUAACAACAAGGAGCGGAGCCGGGGCAAGGACCGGGAUAAGGAGGAGAGCCGGAAGCGGGAACGGAGUCGCGAGGAAGGGGGUCGGGACCGGCCGCGGUCGAAGAAGCUGCGACGACGCGAUGCGGACGAUUUCGAUGACCGUUGGGGCGACGAGGAGAUUCCCGAGGAGGAGCUUUACGAGGAAGAGGAGGAACGGGGGGCCGGCGAAUUUGCGGAAUCGCCGGCGAAGCGCACGCGGCUGGACGAUGGGUCUGCGCGGUCGCGGUCGCCCUCGGCGGAUCUAGACCCCGAGGUGAAGCGGGAGCUGGAGCGGAAGCGCGAUCUGGAGGAACGGGACGAGUUUGCUAAGCGGUUGGCGAAGAAGGAUGAUGGCAAGUCGAAGAAGAUCGUCGAGGAUCGGACCCGCGCGGGCGAGGCUGCUCGCAGACGGGCUCUGGCUGACGACUCGUCUGCUCGGGCGGCUGUCAUGCCCGACCUUCGUCUGCGCUCUCGUCAGGAGUAUCUCAAGAAGCGUGAGACAGAGCGACUUGCCCUUCUGCGGAGGCAGGUUGCGGAAGAAACCGCGGAGCUUCGCGAGAAUCCGGACCUGACGCGCAAAGAGAAGGAAGAGUUUGCCCGAAACCGAGAGGUUCUUCGAAUCGCAGAGGAACGACUCCGGAUUGACGACCACCGCGAUGGCUACAUGAUGCCGGAGGACUAUAUUACGGAGAAGGGGAAAAUCGAUCGGAAGAAGAAAGAAGACGCCCUCUACAAACGCUAUGUUGACCGCGACGACUAUGGACAGGAGCGAUUUGUCACCGAACAUGAAGAAUGGGAGUUGGAGCAAACGGCUAAAGCCAAGGCCCAGAUAAAUCGGGCUGAAUUUGUGGAUGAGGGGGACUACGAGUACGUGUUUGACGAUUCGCAAAAGAUCAACUUCAUUAUGGACGCCAAGAUGGAGGGCACACGAAAGCCUAUGACACAUGAACAACGGGUAUUCCAAGAGCAGCUUGACGCUGCCGAGAAGAAGGCCGCGUCAAUGGAGGAUACGCGGAAAAGCCUGCCAAUUUACCAAUUCCGGGAUCAGAUCAUCCAGGCUGUUGAAGACCACCAGGUCCUUAUUAUCGUUGGUGAAACUGGGUCUGGUAAGACCACCCAGAUUCCCCAAUACCUCCACGAGGCCGGCUACACCAAGAACGGUAUGAAGGUUGGAUGCACUCAGCCCCGACGAGUUGCUGCCAUGAGUGUUGCUUCUCGAGUGGCAGAGGAAAUGGGAGUGAAGAUCGGUAACGAAGUCGGAUAUGCCAUUCGAUUCGAGGAUAACACGAGUGAUAAGACAGUGCUCAAGUACAUGACGGACGGCAUGCUGUUGCGUGAACUCUUGACGGAGCCCGAUCUCAGCCAGUACUCCGCGCUGAUGAUCGAUGAGGCGCACGAACGGACGGUCCCUACGGAUAUUGCCUGUGGUCUAUUGAAGGAUAUCGCCAAAGCCCGGCCGGACCUGAAGUUGCUGAUUUCCUCCGCGACUAUGGACGCGCAAAAGUUCCAGCAGUACUUCGACAACGCGCCCAUUUUCAACAUUCCCGGCCGUCGGUAUCCGGUUGACAUCCAUUACACCUCGCAGCCCGAGGCCAACUACUUGGCUGCCGCGAUCACCACGGUUUUCCAGAUCCACAUCACGCAGGGCCAGGGAGAUAUCCUCGUGUUCUUGACUGGACAGGAGGAAAUCGAGGCAGCCGAGCAAAGUUUACAGGAGACGGCACGAAAAUUAGGAAGCAAAAUACCGGAAAUGAUCAUUUGUCCGAUCUAUGCCAAUCUGCCGUCUGAACUCCAGACGAAAAUCUUCGAACCCACGCCGCCGAAGGCUCGCAAGGUGGUUCUAGCUACUAAUAUUGCCGAGACAAGUUUGACGAUCGAUGGAAUUGUCUACGUGAUUGACCCGGGAUUCGUUAAGGAGAACGUGUUCAACCCACGGACUGGAAUGGAGAGUCUGGUGGUGACGCCGUGCUCGCGAGCCUCUGCCAACCAGCGGGCCGGUCGAGCAGGUCGAGUAGGACCAGGCAAAUGCUUCCGCCUGUACACCAAGUGGGCCUAUCACAACGAGUUGGAGGAGAGUACGACGCCGGAGAUCCAGCGGACAAAUCUGAACAGUGUGAUCCUCAUGCUGAAGUCGCUGGGGAUCGACCAACUCCUCGAAUUCGACUUCAUGGACCCUCCGCCGGCCGAGACAAUCAUUCGCGCAUUGGAACAGCUGUACGCGCUGGGCGCGCUGAACGACCGGGGUGAAUUGACCAAGAUCGGCCGACAGAUGGCCGAGUUCCCGACGGAUCCUAUGCUCGCCAAAGCCAUCCUGGCAGCGGACAAGUAUGGCUGUGUGGAGGAGGUGCUUUCCAUCGUGUCGAUGCUGGGCGAAGGCAGCGCGCUCUUCUUCCGGCCCAAAGACAAGAAGAUCCACGCGGACAGCGCCCGCAAUCGAUUCACCAUCAAGGACGGCGGCGAUCAUCUGACGCUGCUCAACGUUUGGAACCAGUGGGUGGACUCGGACUUCAGCUUCGUCUGGGCCAAGGAGAACUUCCUGCAGCAGCGCAGUCUGACGCGGGCGCGCGACGUGCGCGACCAGCUGGCGAAGCUUUGCGACCGAGUCGAGGUGAGCGUCAGCUCGUGCGGGUCGACCAACCUGGUUCCGAUCCAGAAGGCCAUUACGGCCGGUUUCUUCCCGAAUGCGGCGCGACUCCAGCGCGGCGGGGACAGCUACCGGACGGUGAAGAACGGGCAGUCGGUGUACCUGCACCCAUCCAGCACGCUAUUCGAGGUGAACCCGCGGUGGGUGAUCUACUUCGAACUGGUCUUGACGAGCAAGGAGUACAUGCGAAGCAACAUGCCGCUCCAGGCGGAAUGGCUGGUGGAAGUGGCGCCGCAUUACUACAAGAAGAAGGAUCUAGAGUCAUUAGGAUUAGAGAAGAAGAUGAAGGGUACGGGAGCAGCGGGGGAGAAGAGUCGGGAUUAA